GAAAUUGUACUCGUAUGUACAAGAAGCUGCAGCAGCAAAGGCUUACGAAAGUUUUUAAGUGCCGUGGCAGAAGGGAAAAUCUAAAAUCCAAAGUGACCAAUAUUUUAAACUAAAAACUAAACUCUAUAUAUGAUUUGAAAAAGAAAAAAAACAGCCAAUAUGAAGGAGUUUAGCAAAAUGUUUGCGCGACGAUAUAGUUCAGUAUCAAGAGACGUAGAGGCCAGCAAUCAUCGGCAGUCAGCAGUGGCUCCUGGAUCUGGGUUGAGCACAGACGCAGAUCCUGCGGUGGCUUGUGCCGCUCAGGCAGCACUGCAACGCAUCCAGCGCCGCAAAAGUCUCAAGGCAAAUCGUUCAAUGAAUCCGAUAGACAUACUAAGCAGCUUUUUCAACGAGCCAAUCCAAGGCAAACGGAAUCGAGUUCCUACCCGCUUAUUUAUACUUCUAGUCAUCGGAUUUUUGGCAAUUAUAACAGCUACACUGAUUAAAGUUUUGGAACCAUAUGAUUUGAUAUUUAAAUGGAAGUUAAUCAUGACAGAGGGAGGUGAGAUCUUUAAUCUGUGGGCCCAGCCUCCAGUCGAUCUGUAUAUUAAGAUAUAUUUGUUCAACAUAACCAAUGCCAAAGCGUUUUUAGCGGGUCGCGAGCAGCUUAGAGUCGAACAAGUUGGUCCCUAUGUUUAUAAAGAGAUAAUGACCCAUGAGAAUGUAACGUUCAAUGCGAACAACACCAUGUCCAGCACUCCCAGUCAUCCCUUAGUCUGGCAGGAGGAAAUGUCUGGGAACUGUCGUGAGGACGAUGAGGUUGUAAUGCUCAACAUUGCCAUGCUGGCAAUAUCACACCUUACUGCCAACCACCCGUUCUUAGUUAGAAUGGCUCUGAAGACACUACUCCUGAGUACAAAGUCGGAGCCAAUAGUUCGUGCCACUGCCAAGGAAUUCAUGUUUGGCUAUCCCUCCGCCCUGGCCACUCUCGGCAACACCUUCCUCCCAAAUUGGAUUUCCUUUGAAAAGGUUGGGCUUAUCGAUCGCAUGUACGACUUUUCAACGGAUUUCGAGACGUUCUACACAGGCGUGCCCAAUCCUGCGCUGUCGGGAUUAUAUGCAUCGUAUCGCGGAGAGACAACGCUUCCACAAUGGGACGGGGACCAUUGCAGCAAUAUAGAGUUUGCAUCUGAUGGUACAAAGUUCAAAAGCUUCAUUCAGCCAAACGAGACCGUUAAGUUCUUCCGAAAAAGCAUGUGUAGACCGAUAAACUUGUAUCGGGUGGGAAACGAAAAAACCUAUGGCAGCCUUAAAGGAUAUAAUUAUGUAUUUGAGGAUAACGCCUUUGAUAAUGGGGCAACUAAUGAAGCUAACAAAUGUUUUUGUAGAAAAGGUGACUGUCAGCCGGUUGGACUUAUUGAUGUUACUGACUGCUAUUACGGAUUCCCAAUCUCCUUAAGUUUUCCACACUUCAUGAACGGUGAUGAGGAGCUCCAAAAAAACGUCACCGGCAUAAGUCCAGAUCCGGAUAAACACUCAUCAACAUUUGUCAUUCAACCGGAAUCCGGCCUGCCGUUGUCACUCUCUGUAAAAGUACAAAUUAACAUGCACUUUAAGGACCUGAGCAAUUUUCCAGUAGUAUCUGUAUUUAAUCAUCUAACAGUGCCAAUGUUGUGGUUUGAAAUCAUGAUGUCAAAGCUGCCCGACAGCUUGGACUCGCGGUUCAACUUUUACCUGAACAUUUUGCCGUUAGUUAAUCCCUUAGGCUUUUGGAGUGGCAUCCUGUUGGGAAUAAGUCUUUUGGGGUAUGCAAUAACCAAGGCCACGCUUCACAUGUCUACCUUUUCCCGACGAGCUGCUAAUAUAACAGAUGUUAAAUAUGUACGAGCAAAUUUAAUUCAAAACAUCGCAGGUGAAACAGCAAAUCACGCUUACAGUGCGUGCGAUAUUAAGUUACUAGAUGAUAUUUCGGUUGUAAGGCAUCCUGUUAAUAAGCAAACAGUCCAGGACUCGGCACUUAGUUCAAAAACAACAUACGCCCUGGAUAUGGAACCUGCUUUAUUAGAUACGAGCGAUAGCAGCGACGAGGGGCGAGACUGUGAUAUUGUUUCCAUAUCCCGUACUUCAACAAGCACCCGCUAUUGCGCAGAUGAAAAAAAAUGCUGCCUCGGCGACGAUAUACGAGUCGAGUGUUUCACCGAGAGCCGAGCUCCGCUAACGAUUUUGAAAAGGGAAGAACAGCUGCAUUAAGGCAACAGGUGACAUGUAACUCAGGGAGGCCAAAGUUUAUCAGCUCGCUUCUCGCCAUGGAGAAGUCACCAUUUAGUGGUUUUGGAUGUGUAACCGAUCUGGAACAUUAGGUUUUUGGCUAAUAAAACUAAGUUAUAGAAUACAGCUCUCGUAGUGUUAAUUCAAUCGCUAAUUUGAUUCAAUUUAUUUUAAUACACCCGCUAAUAGCUGUUUAAAAACUGUGAUAGGUUUAAACAAAAAGUUGUAGUUCAUAAUGUUUAGAAGAAUUACAUUUUACCCCUGUAAAUAUAUCACAAAUGCUUUUUAUUGA